AGGUCCUCCACUCGUUUCCAACCCUAUUUUUAACGGACCACGCUCAUCACACUUCCUUCUUUUCUCUCUCUACAAUCUCCUCUCUUUCUCUCUCCAACCUUCUCUGCGUUCAACAAUGGCGGCCCGUUCAACAAACCCUGCAUUUUCUCCUUUCCCAGCUCCUCCUUCUACCAAAACCCCUAAACCCCUAUCUUCCAUUUAUGCCGUCCCUUUUCCGACAAAUUCCAAAACCCCAACCUCCUUCCUCCGCCGCCCUCUCCAAGUCUCCGCAUCUCUCUCCUCUCAACCGCCUAAGCCGCAAACCCUCUCCGCCGUCAAAACCGCUGCACCAUCACCCCUCACCGAUGAUUUAAAAGCUGAACCAUUUGUUUCCCGGUUUUCCCCUGAUGAACCCAGAAAAGGCGCUGAUGUCCUUGUGGAAGCCCUUGAACGAGAAGGUGUUACGAAUGUGUUUGCUUACCCCGGAGGAGCAUCAAUGGAAAUCCACCAGGCUCUCACGCGCUCCGAUAGCAUCCGAAACGUGCUCCCCCGCCACGAACAAGGUGGUGUUUUCGCUGCCGAGGGGUAUGCUCGAGCUUCUGGGCGCGUGGGUGUUUGCAUUGCUACUUCUGGCCCUGGAGCUACUAAUCUUGUAUCUGGGCUUGCCGACGCGCUGCUUGACUCUAUCCCGCUCGUUGCCAUCACUGGCCAGGUUCCUCGGCGUAUGAUCGGUACUGAUGCUUUUCAAGAGACUCCAAUUGUAGAGGUUACUCGCUCUAUCACUAAGCAUAACUAUUUGGUUUUAGAUGUUGAGGAUAUUCCUAGAGUUGUUAAAGAAGCUUUCUUUUUAGCUAAUUCUGGUAGACCUGGACCUGUUUUGAUUGAUGUUCCUAAAGAUAUUCAGCAACAAUUGGUUGUUCCCAAUUGGGAUCAUCCUAUUAAACUAGGAGGGUAUGUUUCUAGGCUGCCAAAAUCGAUGUUUACGCCGAAUGAAGAGGGACUUCUUGAGCAGAUUGUAAGGUUGAUGAGUGAGGCUAAGAAGCCUGUGUUAUAUGUGGGAGGUGGGUGUUUGAAUUCAAGUGAGGAGCUGAGGAAAUUCGUCGAGUUGACAGGGAUUCCGGUGGCAAGUACUUUGAUGGGAUUAGGGUCUUACCCUUGUAAUGAUGAUUUGUCGCUCCAUAUGUUGGGAAUGCAUGGGACUGUAUACGCGAAUUAUGCUGUUGAUAAGGCGGAUUUGCUGCUUGCUUUCGGGGUUAGGUUUGAUGAUCGUGUGACAGGGAAGCUUGAGGCGUUUGCUAGCCGGGCUAAAAUUGUGCACAUUGAUAUUGAUUCUGCUGAGAUUGGGAAGAAUAAGCAGCCCCAUGUGUCGAUUUGUGCUGAUGUUAAGCUGGCAUUGAAGGGUAUGAAUAAGAUUUUGGAGUCUAGAAAAGGGAAGCUGAGUUUAGAUUACUCUAGUUGGAGGGAGGAGUUGGGUGAGCAGAAGAAGAGAUUUCCAUUGGGUUUUAAGACAUUUGGGGAUGCUAUUCCGCCACAAUAUGCUAUUCAGAUGCUUGAUGAGUUGACUGGUGGUAAUGCUGUUAUUAGUACUGGUGUUGGACAACAUCAAAUGUGGGCUGCCCAGCAUUACAAGUACCGAAACCCUCGUCAAUGGCUGACCUCAGGUGGUUUGGGGGCCAUGGGUUUUGGGCUACCAGCUGCUAUCGGAGCUGCUGUUGCACGACCAGAUGCAGUGAUUGUCGAUAUUGAUGGGGAUGGAAGUUUUAUCAUGAAUGUUCAAGAGUUGGCUACAAUUAGGGUGGAAAAUCUUCCAGUUAAAAUAAUGCUUUUGAAUAAUCAACAUUUAGGUAUGGUGGUUCAAUGGGAAGAUAGGUUCUACAAAGCUAAUAGAGCACAUACUUACCUUGGAAAUCCUUCAAAAACUGCUGAAAUCUUCCCUGAUAUGCUCAAAUUUGCUGAUGCCUGCGAUAUCCCUGCAGCUCGUGUUACCAAGGUGAGUGAUUUGAGGGCCGCAAUGCAGAAAAUGUUGGAUACUCCAGGGCCGUACUUGCUGGAUGUGAUUGUACCUCAUCAAGAGCAUGUGUUGCCUAUGAUCCCCAGUGGUGCCGGCUUCAAGGAUACCAUCACAGAGGGUGAUGGAAGAACAUCUUAUUGAGAUUUGAGAGGGGAUACUCAAGUUGUAUGUAUAUUAGAAUGUUUUUUAUCAGAAAGUUUAGAGAUUACUGGGUGUUUUCUGUUUAAGUUAGUUUGUUGUUUGUCAUGUUGCUUUCUACUUUGAAAAACUUUUUUGUAGUCUGUUGACUGUUGAGCAAUAACCAUGGUCGAUAUGAUGGAUGAUCUACUA